UGGGGACCGAGGCUUGGGUCUGGGGGUUCUGGGGGUCUCAAGGGUCUCUGGGGUUGCGCAUGGGGGUUUCAGGAGUCCUAGUGGUCUCAGAGCUUGGGUCUGGGGGUAUCAACGGUCCCGGGGGUCUCCGAGUUUGGGUCUGGGGGUUUCAGGGGUCCCGGGGCUUGGGUCAGGAGGUCUCAGGGGUACUGGGGGUCUCAGGGCUUGGGUCUGGGGGUUUCAGCAGUCCCAGGGAUCUCAGGGCUUAGAUCUGGUGGUGUCAGGGGUCCCUGGGUGUCACUUCUGGGGUCUCAGGGUUUGGGUCUGGGGGAUUCUCAGGGGUGCUGAGGAUCUCAUUUCCGGGGUCUCAGGUUUUGGGCUGGGGUGUUUCAGGACCUGCCGGGUCUCAGGGUCUGGAGAUCUUGGGGGUCCCGCCUGUGCCCACCCCUCAUGGGACCCCAGUGCCCAUCCCCCAUGACCAGGGGGACCCCUGAACCCGGCAGGGGUCUCUGGGGGAACCCAAAAGCACCGCGUGCUUCCCCCGAGCCACCUGUGCCAGCGCGACCCCGCCGAGCUUCCUGUCCCCAGCUGAACUGAAACUGGGGACAGGAAACUGAAACUGGGGGGGCUGCGGGGCCACCCUGAGCCACCUGUGCGAGACCCCCACCCGCGGGGGGGCUGCAAUGCUCCCCUCACCCGCGGGGGUCCGCACUGACCCCACAGCAGGGUCACUGCCCCUCAAGGACCCCCCACUGUUCAACACAGGUUCCUUUUGCGAGACCCUGACCCAUGGGGGACUGCGGGGAUCGGGGGGCUCUUUGACUCCCCCGGUGUCACCCAGGGCUCUCCGUGUAAGACCCUCACCCAUGGGGGGCUGCGGGGAUCCCCCGGCGGGGAUCGGGGGUCUCUGUGCGAGCCCCUGCCCCACGGCGGGUCCGCAGUGCCCCCCCAGCAGGCUCGCUGAGCCCCCUUUGUCCCGCCCAGGCUGCCAGUGCCAGAGCCCCGCGUACCCCCCGGCUGUCCCCCCGCGCUCGGAGCCCCCGGAGCCGCUGGCCGUGGCCAUCAACCCCGCCUCCGGCCCGUCCUGCGGCUCCUCGGGCGAGCUCCGCGUGUGGCCCGGGCCUACGUCCCGCUCCGCGGCUCCCGGCGAGCCCCUGAGCCUCGAGUGCCGCUUCGAGGCGCCGCCGGCCGCCACGGUCACCUGGCUGCAGGUGUGUCCCCGGCGCUACCACAGCUGGGGCUGCAGCUGGCCGCAGGAGGUGCCGGCGGCGGGCGGGGGGCGUCAGGUGGAUCGGGAGGGCUGUGUGUCCACGCUGAGCUUCCAGAGCCUGCAGCACAACCAUAGCGGGCUCUACUUCUGCCGCCUGCAGCUCGGCGAGGCGGCCGCGCAGUCCUGCGGCACCUUCGUGCGGGUGCACGAGCCCGUGCCGGUGCCAUUCCUGCAGCUGAGGGACGCCACCAAGAACAGGAUCCUGACGGCGCAGGGGGUGCUGCUGCUGCUCUGCGCCGCGGGGCCGGGGCUGCUGCUGCUCUUCAGGCGCUGGGCCAAUGAGCGGCUCCUCCAGCCCAAGAAAAUCGCCCUGGAGGAGGAAAAUCUUUAUGAGGGGCUGAACUUGGAUGAGUGCUCCAUGUACGAGGACAUUUCUCGGGGGGUCCAAGCCACCUACCAGGACGUGGGGACCCCCCCCGCUGCCGACGGCCUGCUGGAGAAGCCUUAAAAGACCCCCAGAAUCAUCCCACGGGACCCCUCCCCAAACCCCUGCGUGCCCCCCUCCCCACAGAGGCUUUGCUUUAGGAACUUAAGGCUGUGCUGAGCCCCUGCCCCCCCAAUAAAGCUGGUGAGGGUCUGGGGGGUGCUGGGGGACCCCCUCUCGCCUGGAGCGGAUAGAUGGCUAAUAAACAAUUGAUGAAUCUUCAAUAAAUUGUGAAUAAAUAAUGAGGACGAGACCUCCAUUUUCCUCCAAUAUCC